AUAGAGAACUCUUGCAGUAGAAAACGAUCUUCCUUUGAAAACAAUGAUAUCGGAAAAGAAGAGCUCAGAGAUGACCUGACGUCGUCGUACUUUUCCUUUCCGUCAUUUAUUAUCUGUGAGGUGGGUUUUCGAUGCAUAGUCUGGUUGUUGGAAUAUAGUUCAAUGUCCAAAUCAACGUAUAUUUCAGAAGAACUGACUAGGCUGGAUCACUUCAUUCAAAGAGUGUUUGCUGGUUUCAAACGUUGGGAUGCAGUGCACAUGUUACACAUAGCACAGCAUGAAUAUGUCUUCGAAAGUAGUCUCGGCUGCUUUCUCAUUGCUGCUGCACUUCUGUACCGAAUUGUACUGCGGGUUUCUCGUUCUGUAAAACAAGCAGUCAUUGCUGUGUUGUUGUUCUCAGCAAAUCCGGCUUCGAUUUUCUUCUCGGCAGCCUACUCGGAAUCGCAAGGCCCUAGUAUUGGGUGCUGUUACCUGACCAUUAGUUUUAUAUCAAAUGGUUCUGUAAAUGUUUUAUAUGUGUUUCAUUUCUUUCUAUAG